AUGAACGAACCUCGCAAAAGAAUCAGUCCACACAAUGUCAUCAGCUCGUACUUUAUCGGACCCAAGUCCGAGAACAUGGGUAACUUCCGAGCCAAUAUCACUGCGAUUCUAGAUCAAAUCGAGAAGACACGUUCUGAUUACCAACCCAAUGAUGAUGUCUUUAUCACCGAGGACGUUCGAACCUCUCCGGAGUUUCAGCAAAUCACCCAGAAAUUUCACGAAGCAGUCAAGAAAGCUGUGACACUGCUUGGAAAGCACUCUAUUCCAUUCUGGCAUCCUCGCUAUGAGGGUCACAUGUGCACCGACAUGACCAUGCCGGGGCUACUUGGCUAUUUCAUGACCAUGAUCUACAACCCCAACAAUGUCACUGUGGAGGCUAGCCCCUUUACGACGGUCAUCGAGCUCCGGGCUGGAAAGCAGCUGUGCGAUAUGUUCGGAUACAACACUAAUCCUGAGGAAUCGAACUUGCCACUCUCCUGGGGCCAUAUCACUUGUGAUGGAACUGUAGCUAAUUUGGAAUCGAUCUGGGUUGCUCGCAAUUUGAAGUUUUACCCUCUCACCCUCUACCAGGCGAUGAAGGAAGGAAGCCUUGGUUUCAUUGCCGAUAGCUUCUACGUCACCACCUGUGUGGGAGAAGAGAAGCUUUUCAAGAACCUUGGGAAUUGGGAACUUCUCAACCUUCGACCAGACGUCAUAUUGGGGAUGGGAGAUGCUCUGUACGAGCAAUACGGUAUCACAUCCAAGUUCCUAGAGAGCGCUUUGACGCCAUUCAGCAUUCAAACCACAGGGAAGGAUGUUUUGGAGCGCGAAUUUAAUCUUACAAAGCCCACAAAGUACUUCCUGGCUCAGACACGACACUACUCUUGGCCCAAGGGUGGAGCUAUUGCGGGAAUUGGUUCAGCCAAUAUGGAGGGAGUGGAACUAGACAUGGACGGACACAUUUCCAUCGAAGCGCUGGAGCGAGAGCUUAAUCGAUGCCUGGCCGAGCGUCAAGCCGUAUAUGCCGUAGUGGCUAUCAUCGGAUCCACGGAGGAAGGUGAGGUGGAUCCAUUGUAUGACAUUUUGGCAAUGCGACGUCGAUUCCAAGACAAGGGACUGUCGUUCCUAGUGCACGCCGACGCAGCUUGGGGCGGAUACUUUGCCAGCAUGAUUCCGCGAACCUUUAUGGCCCCAGGAAGACCCACAAGGGAAGGAGAUGGAGAGGACGCCGUCAUCAGCGUUCCGUCGCUGAGUCUGAAAUGUGAUACUAUCCAGCAUAUGAUUGCGCUCAAGGAGGCAGACACGAUCACGGUUGACCCACACAAGGCGGGUUAUAUCCCCUACCCGGCGGGAAGUCUCUGCUAUCGGGAUGGUCGCAUGCGAUUCUUAGUUACCUGGACUAGCCCGUAUCUCACUCAGGGAUCACUGGAGAAUAUUGGAGUAUAUGGUGUUGAGGGAAGUAAGCCUGGUGCUGCCGCGAUGGCCGCAUGGUUAUCGAAUCAAACUAUCGGCUUGGAUCCAUAUGGAUACGGAAUGCUGUUAGGUGAAGCAGCCUUUACUAGCGCACGGUUAUCGGCCUACUACGCAGCCAUGCAAUUGAAGCAACCCAGGGAGAAGGAAAUACCCUACUAUAUCAUCGUUCCCUUCAACAGACUCCCAAUUGAGAGAGAUGGGUUCGACAUCUUGUCAAAGGAAGCUGACGAACGACGUGAACUCAUCUGGAAUAAAGUCCUGACUAAAGACAACAAGGAAGUCAGCAACAACCCCGCAGCGAUGAGUUGGCUGCGAGAAAUUGGAUCUGAUCUGAACAUCAAUGCAUUCGCGCUAAACUGGUACGACGCAAAGGGAAACAUCAACACCGACCUCGAGGAAGCGAAUUACUUGACGAGAAGAGUAGUCAACAAACUCUCGAUCACAAGGAGCACCGCUGAUCCUAGUAAAAUCCCGCUCUUCCUGACCUCCACGCAAUUUGAGCCUGCGUUAUACGGCAAAUGUGCACAGAACUUCAUGAAGCGAUUGCAACUAGAGCCCUGCGCACAGGAUCUUUGGGUUCUGCGCAAUGUGGUGAUGAGCCCGUUCCCGACAGAGCGAGGCUUCAUUGAUCAGUUGAUGCAGACACUGGAGGAAACCAUCAUCCACGAAGUGCAAACAUGCCGAAAGCGGAAUAGUCCUACAGAAGAUCAAAUUGAAUUCCUUCUGCGAGGAACAGAUGAGGUUUUCUUGGACUUCCAAACGGGAUUCCAUCGCGCAACCAAACGUCAACAGAUCAUCUUGGCUGUGGAACUAGACGACAAUGUCAAAAAGCAGUACAUCGCCCUGCGAGAGAAAUUCCCCUCAAAAGACAUCGGAUUUGAGUCGAAGGAUCCUGUUCACCUUGAAAAUUUGAUGUGUCAAAUUCACAAUACCCACGACCCCCGUCCGAUCAUCGAUGGUAGGAUCGGCAUUGUGGAGGGAGAAGACUACUUGUCGUCGAUAGAAUGCAAAGUUACCAUGAACAAGGUGGUGAAGAGUCGCGGAUUGAACUCCAAAUUCCGAGACGAUCAUUACCCCCGCAACUUCAUGCCGUUCUAUCUCUUCGGCUCGGAAGAACAACACCAUAUCUCACACAUGCUUCUUCAAGCACCGAACAUCAAUCUUUCAUCUAGCAACAUUCAGCUGAAUGAAGAACUGCAUGACGAAGUUGCGCUUCGCCUAGGGGAGGGAGACGGUCUCAUCCUCGCGUUGAGUGAUUACCGAGAGGAAACGAUGCACCCCUUCCCGCUGAAGAACGAUGAUCCCAUAAUCACUAGCAAGGGCUUCUUCUUCCGAAAGGGUCAAACCUUCGAUGUAAAGGUGUAUCUUGACCCCAAGCCGGGUACUGCUUAUGGACCUGGGCUACUGGAUGAAUUGUCCACGCUGGUCGGACGUGGUAAAAUGACACUCGGGGAUGAUGUGCAUGUGGACGUACAGGUGUUGAAUGCUGAUCCCUUUGAGGAUGCGGAGGUGCCUGAUAUUCCGUGGGAAUCGGAAUUGGACGAGAUCACCAACGUGUUGAAUAGUGGGCAGUAG